CGCUCCCGUGCCCCGCUGCCGCCGCCGCCCGCGAGGAAGAUGGUGGCGAGCGCCCGGGUGCAGAAGCUGGCCCGCCGCUACAGGCUGGCGAUCGCCACCGCGCUGGCCAUCCUGCUCAUCCAGGGCCUGGUGGUGUGGAGCUUCAGCAGCCUGGAGGAGGACGAGCACGGCGAGGGACGGCAAAAAAAGGCCAGGUUGCCUGAAAACAGCGAAGGCUCCAAAGAUUCGGACAGCUCCGCCGGUCGCCGGGGGAGCGCGAGCCGGAAGCAUGGGCGGUGGAAGGGCCGCCCGGAAAGCCCUGGAGUGCUGGUGGCCAAGGUGGUGAGAGCCGUCACCACAAAACACAAACCUGGGCGAAGGCUCCCGGCAGCCCGGGACGACUCGAGCAGGAGGAACCGGACGGAGCUGCGUGGGGAUGCCCAGCUGGCCAUCUUCCAGCACGGCGACACGGGCAGCGUGGAGGGGGCUCCCCAGCCCACCGAGAACAGCUUCGCCCCCAAGUGUGAGAUCACGGGCAAAGACGCCCUGUCGGCGCUAGCGAGAGCCAGCACCAAGCAGUGCCAGCAGGAGAUCGCCAACGUGGUGUGCCUGCACCAGGCAGGGAAUCUGAUGCCCCGCUCUGUGCCCCGGCACUGCCAGUUGUCAGGGAAAGUCAGCCCUGUGAUCCAGUGGGACGAGAGCAAGACGCACCAGGCCUCCGUGAGCAAGCCGGUGCGGAUCGCGUACAUGCUGGUCGUUCACGGGAGGGCCAUCCGCCAGCUGAAGCGGCUCAUCAAGGCUAUGUACCACCAGCAGCACUUCUUCUACAUCCAUGUUGACAAGCGCUCCAACUACCUGCACCGCGAGGCCCUAGAGCUGGCCCAGCACUACCCCAACAUCCGGGUCACGCCCUGGCGCAUGGUCACCAUCUGGGGUGGCGCCAGCUUGCUGAAGAUGUACCUGCGCAGCAUGAAGGACCUGCUGGAGAUCACGGACUGGCCCUGGGACUAUUUCAUCAACCUGAGCGCCACUGACUACCCAACCAGGACCAAUGAGGAACUGGUGAUGUUCCUGUCCAAAUACCGAGAUAAGAACUUCCUGAAGUCUCACGGCCGAGACAAUGCCAGAUUCAUUAAGAAGCAGGGCCUGGACCGCCUCUUCCACGAGUGCGACUCUCACAUGUGGCGGCUGGGCGAGCGGCAAAUCCCGGAGGGCAUCGUGGUGGAUGGCGGCUCGGACUGGUUCGCGCUGACGCGGAGAUUUGUGGAGUACGUGGUCUACACAGAGGACCAGCUGGUGUCCCAGCUGCGGCAGUUCUACACCUACACGCUUCUGCCAGCCGAGUCCUUUUUCCACACCAUCCUGGAGAACAGCCAUGCCUGCGAGACUCUCGUCGACAACAACCUCCGAGUGACAAACUGGAACCGCAAGCUGGGCUGUAAGUGCCAAUAUAAACACAUAGUCGACUGGUGUGGGUGCUCCCCAAAUGACUUCAAACCCCAGGACUUCCUGCGGCUACAGCAACUCUCCAGACCCACGUUCUUUGCCAGGAAGUUUGAGUCGACGGUGAAUCAGGAAGUUCUAGAGAUCUUGGACUCUCACCUCUACGGUAACUACCUGCCCAACACGCCAGGCCUCAAGGCCUAUUGGGAGAACAUCUAUGACCGUCUGGAUGGGCUGAGCGGGCUCAGUGAUCUCAUCCUGACUGUGUACACAUCCUUCUCCAGGCUAGGGCUGCAGAAAGUGACCUCAUCCCAUGUGCAGAAGGGAGAGAAACUCUGCAGAUUUGAGCCGCAUGGCUCCCCAACCAGCGUGCACCUGUAUUUCUAUGACGACCGUUUCCAGGGUUACUUGGUGAUGCAGGAGGUGCAGAACUCUGGGACAGGGCAGGUGGAGUCUCUGGAGAUGUGGAUGAUGCCGCGCGGGGCUCUGAAGCUGGCAGGUCACGGAGGACAAACUAACCGGCUACAGAACCUGGAGGUGGGCACGGAGUGGGAUCCCAAGGAGAGGAUCUUCCGAAACUUUGGAGGCCUGAUUGGGCCUUUCGACGAGCCAGUGGCCAUGCAGAGAUGGUCCCGGGGGCCUAACCUCACCGCCACCGUGGUUUGGAUCGACCCCACCUACGUCAUCGCCACGUCCUACGACAUCACCGUGGAGGCGGAAGCGGAGUUCACGCAGUACAAGCCCCCUCUCAAUCGGCCCCUGCGCCCUGGUGUCUGGACUGUCCGACUCCUCCAGUUCUGGGAGCCCCUCGGAGAGAACCAGUUCCUGGUGGUGCCACAGACCUUCAACCACAAACAGCCGGUCGGGAAAGAUGACAGCAGCUGGUUACAUGGGGGUCCCCCCCGCAAUGAGUAUAUGGAACAAAGCUUCCAGGGGCUGGGUGGGAUUUUGAACCUGCCGCGCUCCGAUGAGGUGGAGAAAGAGGCCCUGCGGAAUGCGCAGCUGACGGGCAAGGCCCUGGAGGACUGGACGGACAGCAGCAUCAGCAGCUUCUGGUCGGUGGCGGAUCUCUGCAUGAGCAGCCCCUCCAGCUGCUCCUCCCUGGACAUGUGCAGCAAAACCUCCUGGAGUUCGCUUUCCCCAGACCCCAAAUCAGAACUGGGAGCCAUCAAACCUGAUGGGCGACUGAGGUAGCAGGGGCAACCUGGGGCAGAUAAAACGGAACAAGGGAGCGUCCCCCGCGGCGAACGUGGGGGGGAGCGCACAUGCCCCAGGGGGGAUUCUCUUGUCUGUCAUCCUGUGAAAUGGCACCUUAUUCACUCGGAGAGAGAGAGGAACCUUCAGGUGGCAGAAAAACUUUCCCGUUUUGUUUUGGGGGGAGGUGCUGGAACAGGAGUCCCACUCCAUCUCUCCCAGGAAUGGGCACUGAGUGGCCGGAGAGACCAUGCAGAAAUGCCCGUCAUCAGGGCACACGGAGGUCGCUGGCAGAUGGGAGAAGCUGCAUAUUUAUUGAAUUCGUGCAGGUGUGACUCAGAUGUUGCGGGGGGAGGGGAACCCAGCUGAUCUGCCAGUUCUGGGUUACCCCCGGUACACCCCCUGCCCUGCCCCUCCCCGUCCAUGGCUGAAUCUCUGCGGGAUCAGGACUCCUGCUGCUGAUCUUCCACAUUCCUGAGCAAUUGUUGGCAGAGGACUGUGGGGACAAGGGUCUGUGGGGAGCACCAGAGACAGGGGCUGUCCUGCCGGUGUCCUUGGAGAAGCUGCUGCUGGCUUGAUGCCUGCAUCUCAUCCCCCUCCACUCUAUCCCCUUAGUUUGUAUUUUUAUAAAUAUAUAGAUAAAUAUAUAUGAAGCAAAGUGCAAUAGAGACACAGGCCCUUGUUGGUCAGGGAAUCUGUGACUCAUUUCCCCUUC